CUUUUAUCUUCUCCUCACCACCACCACAGCCGCCGCUUCCAUCUCCACAACCACCGUGUUACACAUACUAAACCCUCUUUUCUUCACCAAAAAUGGGGAUCAAGAAAUCAAACAAACUCCCUCAAGCAGCACUCAUAAAGCAAAUCCUCAAACGAUGUUCUAGUUUAGGCAAGAAGCAUGGAUACGACGUCGAUGGCCUCCCUCUCGACGUCCCUAAAGGCCAUUUUCCGGUCUACGUCGGCGCUAAUCGAACACGAUACAUCGUUCCGAUCUCUUUCUUGACACACCCUGAAUUCCAACGCCUUCUUCGUUACGCUGAAGAGGAGUUCGGAUUUCAUCACGAAAUGGGCCUCACGAUCCCUUGCGAAGAAGUGGUUUUCCGAUCUCUUACAUCCAUGCUCCGGUGAGGUUGUAGGGUUCCGCGGCGAUCGGUUUCCGAUCAUAAACCGCCGUGCUCCGGCGAGAUUGAAGAAAGAUGGUGUUUAAAGAUGAAGCGGCAUUUUCCCUUGGCUUCUUUUUUAAGGAUUCCAGUUUUCCAGAGAAAAAGUUUUUGAAUCCGGAGAAACGUACGACUCUGAGAUUGAAAUUUCGAACUCUGAGAAAAAGGAUUUCCUUUUUUAACCAUAUUUCUUCAUUUUUGUUCUUUUUUUUUUUUUAAUCUUUUUUGCUAACUCUAACCCAAAAAACACCCAUUUAAUAUUUUUAUUUAUUUUUAGAUUUUUGGGUUAGAUGAAUGUGUACAAAUGAAAUCUUGUAAUUUUGCUCAUUUGUGGUGUAAAUUAUUUUACACCCUUUUGAGAGUGACCCAGUAUUAUGAAAUAUUUUGUGGUUUCGGUAAAA